GGUCGGACCCAUUUCAACGCCCUGUUUCCACAAAGUUCCCUUUCGAGCAUUUUCUGCGCUGUGCAAAUAACGGAGGAGCCGAGGCUUCUGGAAACAGCGUGCGCCGACCAACCACCGGCAAGAGACCAGCUCCGAACUGCGACAAACCGACCCGUUUAUUCACUCAACACCAUGGCGAAAUGGGGAGAAGGAGACCCGCGGUGGAUCGUUGAAGAGAGAGCCGAUGCCACAAAUGUCAACAACUGGCACUGGACUGAGAGAGACGCCACAAACUGGUCGUCGGAGAAGUUGAAGUCGCUGCUGGUGGGUUUGAGCGUGGAGAACGAGGAGGGGACGUGCGAGAUCACAGAAGUCAGUAAAUGUGAUGGAGAGGCGUCAAUAAACAACCGCAAAGGCAAACUCAUUUUCUUUUACGAGUGGAACCUGAAGGCAACAUGGACCGGAAAAACAAAAUCAGGAAUCAAAUUUAAAGGCUCCAUUGAAGUGCCGAAUCUAUCAGAUGAGAACGACAUGGAGGACCUCGAUAUUUCUGUGUCGUUGAACAAAGACGAACCCGACACGCCGCUGAUGAAGCUGAUGAAAACUGAAGGAGCUGAUAAAGUGAGAGAGGCUUUGGGCAGCUACGUGGGUUAUUUAAAAACAGAAUUUACUGCAGGAAUGAUCCUGCCGACAGCGAACGGCAUGUCCAAAACUCAAAACACUUCACAAUCCAAAGCCAAGAGCGACAGAACUCAGAUUUCUGGCCCCUGUAACACGACAGCUCCUGCAAACACGGGAGUCAAAAUCCCGACCUGUAAAUUUAACAUGAAAGAAACGUUCCUGACGUCUCCCUCUGAGCUCUAUAGGGCUUUUGUAAACCAAGAGAUGGUCCAGGCGUUCACUCGAUGUGCAGCCACAGUGGAGGCAGAACGAGGCGGCAGGUUUCGACUGCUCGACGGAAAUGUUUACGGUGAAUUCAUAGACCUGGUCCCUGAUGAGAAGAUCGUGAUGAGAUGGCGCUUUAACAACUGGCCCUGUGAACAUUACGCCACCAUCUCCCUGACUCUGGUGGACCGCAGCAGUGAGACGGCGCUGCAGGCGGAGUUCAGAGGAGUCCCUGAGAACGAAGAGGAGCGAACAAAGGACGGCUGGAAGCGAUACUACUUUGAGAGCAUUAAAAUGACUUUUGGAUUUGGAGCUCGACUUUACUGAUGACAUCACCUCCUGCUCCUGUCCUGUUUAUUUGGAUUUUAAAAACAAACCUUAUUCUUGAAUUGUCCCGCGCUGGAUUACCCGAAAUGAGACUGAAAAAUGGGGGGAGUCAGACGUUCACCCAUCUGUUUAUGUGUAAAUGUUUUAAUUUGUAUUUAAACUGUUCUGAUAUUUUUCCAGAAGGAUCUGUGCCUUUUAGGGCGUCAGAACGAGGGAACGAGUGAGAAGAAUGAAAAUCAAGUCUAUAUUUGAACCACUCACUAAUUGGCGUUCAAAAUUGUUGCUUUGACGAUGUAUUUUGUUCACUGCUGUAGUUCUGUAGUUUUGCAUGUUUGUCUUUUGGGUCGACCCAGUGGAGAAAGGACAGUUGUUUUUUUUAUUUAAAAUGGGGUUGUAUGGAACAUUAGUGUCAAUACCUCACUUUGAUGCAAAAGCCACUGCUAUAAUUAAAUGAAUGAAUCUGUGACAAAUCUAUGAAAUGUAAGCGUUAGUAUGUGAAUACGUGUGGGCCGGCUGGACUAAUAAUUUACUGUAGCACUCAGGAGUUUAACAGGCUAUAUUCUGUACAAAGCUAGCUCACUUAGCAUUAGCAACACAACGUCUCGACUAGUCUGUAAUUCAAAUAUGGCCCGUUUGUUCUGACCAGUCCUAGGCUCAGUAAAGUAAUAUUAAAAAUAAUAUUCAAGGCUUGGUUCUAGUCUCCCCUUUACUGUUCACCAAAAUGGGCCGAAAUGCAAGUAUUCAUGAGUAAGCCCCAGGGCAGCUGUGGCUACAGUAGAUUACAGCAAUGCAAUGUAAAGCCUCGAGUGUCCAGAACGUACUGUAUAAACUGAAUGCAAUAUUAUUAAAAUGUAUUGUAUAACAAAUGGACAUACGAAGUUUGUUUGAAAUAAAGAUGCUCUCAAACAUUUAACAUGAACGGGACCAGGAAUAAUGCAGAAGGCUGUGUGGGUGAAGCAUCUUGCUCAAAGGCACAUAAACAGCAUUUGUAGCGUUAUUUCAACACCCAUUCUGCGUUACUUGCUACUUAUGACCAAUGCUUAGGUUAAAAAUGUCUGAAAUAUUAAUCUUAUGGUAUUGGCUUAAGUAACAUGCAGUAUGAUUACACUUUAUAGAUAAUGAACAAAGAAUGUUUUAAAGUCCUAAAUUACACAAAGCUGACUUGUGAGCUUUAAGUCAUGUUAUAAUGUUGUUAUCGCCUCAAAACAGACCUGGAGUUAUGUUUUGUUUCAUUCACACGUUUGUGGUAAGGAAACAUAACAGCUCAGAGAACAGUCUAAUAUUGACCCUUUAAUACUAUAGACCGUGUCCACAAACCGGAUACAUUAAACUAAUUUCCAUACAAUCCCAUUAAAUCUUCAAUAACUUUGAGGUUGUUUACAACAGUUCACCUUUAGUGUACAGCCAUUUUGUUUCUUUCUCCCAAAUGUGUCUUUUCACGCAUUGAUUGACUCAUAUUUGUGUAAAAUGCGAGAUUUGCGGGUGAGCUAGAGCUAGCAUUAGCAUCAGCGUUAACAUUAGCGCUGAUGCUAACGCGAGUCAAACCGUUAAAAUAUUUUCAGUUAAAGCUUCACAAAUGUACAAAGAAUAUUUGGGAAUAAACAACAAUA